AUGAACCCGGCGUAUAAAGGGCCCGCACCUGCGAAACACCCCGGUCGGCUGGAAGAACCGCGGGUUGCCAGCGAGGUCGGUUCUCUAGCCUCGGAGUCCCCGUCGCCAAUCAGCGUUCACCACAUCGUGACGCGUCCGGCAGCCUUUCAGCCUCCGUCGCCUUCGAUCAGUCGUACCUGCCCGUUGACGCCCCCUUCUCUGUCCCCUGAUAUGCUUGGAGGAGGAGCACGUUCGCCGAAUAGCGACAACAGAGAGGCAGAAGUGCCUGGAGCGGAGUGCGGGGGAAGCCGCUCGGCACAGGAGCAGCGACCGAUCCAGCCAACCGAUGGCCAGAUAUGUCCUGCUCCCCAACGAGGUGGAAGCUACAGCUUCACGUCAUCGUCAGUCAGUGCCAGCGAAGGCACUGACACCAGGAGAUGUUCGGCUGCGGCGAUUGAGAACGAUGGAAACGCAAACCUGGCUUAUGAGCCGGUCAAGGCACCCAGGCAAGAUAGCACCUCAGAUCAUGAGUCGCCUACUUUUGCGGAAGAAGCGGGGGCAGACCAGCGCGGAGACGCGUCGAGCCAAGCUUCUGCGGUCUGCGCGAGACUUGGCAGGCAGCUGUCGCAGCAAAAUUCGAGUCGGGGGUCUUUCGCGCGUCUUGGAGAGCAGCAGCUUCCUCCUAACCGACCUCCUCCGCUUCUCCAGGAGGAUGCCACACCCGCGGCGCCGCCCUCCGACACAAAUGCCAAGGCCACAGACGCGAACGAUGCGGUCGCCGUCUCCGCGCCGCAAGUAGAGGUCUCGAAACUGGACUCUGUGAUUUCGAUGGCGACAUCCUCGGAGGAUGAGGGAGGGCGAGCCACCCCGAACAUCGACAUGUUCGCGCUCGCUAAACGGGUUGGGGCAACGCCUGAACAGGCUAAAGCGAAACUGGCCAGCUCGCUGCAGAGCUCGCACAAACCUAAGCAUAGUUCGUCCGGGGGCGGAGUCGUUUUCGCAGAAGCACCUCAGAUUUCUCUCUUUGACAAGCUGUCUUACCCGCCAACCGACACUUCCGAGCCCGCGCCCGGCGACUGGCGGCGUCGCAGCUCCGCGCUGGCCUUUGAAGCCAGGAAAAGGCUCUCCGGACUUGAGAAUUCGUUGUCGCCGCCCAGGGAUCCCGCGCGACGGCCCUCGCCGCCGCGUAGUCCAGGAAGGAUUCGCUCGUUGUCUCUGUCGAUCGGCGCGGAUAUGAAGUGCGAUAUCCUCAAACAGCAACAGGAGGAAGAAGAAGUGGGUUGUCGCCACGCAUCCGAAGAAGCGAAGAAAGCAAUGAGGAAGCAGCGCUGGCGCAGGAGGACAACUGUCUCGCACUUGACGAUUCCCAGUCCCGAAACAGCGCUCCAAGAAAGCGAAGGCGCUGCUCCCGUGAUGCAGCUCCACCACAGCAUCAAAGCGGGCGAUGCAGCUGACGCCGUUGGGAUACGAAGUUCUGCUACGCAGGAAGCAGGUCCAGGAGGCUGGAAGCGACGAGGCUCAGCGCUAGCCGAGAGGGCUGUCUUCCAACAGGACACGCUGUGGCUCUUGCAGCGGACGCCUUCUCCGCCGCGAACGCCCGGUCGAAACCGGACUUUGUCGCUCUCGAUUCCUCCAGAUAUGCAGCGAAUGUCUGAAGAGAAGCAGUUGCGUGACGAGAGACAAGAAGAAGUGCUGACCAAGCUGCAAGCUGAGCAGAAGGAGAUUCAGCGGCAGCUGCAGGAGCAGGCCGAGCAGUACCGCCAGCAGAUGCAGCAGCAGCACGAUUUGCUCGAGGCGAUCCUGCGGCAGCAACGACAGCUAGAAGAAAAAGAGAGGCCCGCGGACGACCACAAGGCAGACAAGCGGCCGCCGCAAGAGGAUGCCGACGCAAAAGGCUCUCCGCCGGCGCGCAACGUGGCCUCGCCCACCCGGCAGACGCUGACGAGUCAGCAGCGGCAACAGAUACAAGAGCAUAUGAAGCAGCUGGAAUACCUGCAGCAGAACAGGCCGCGCACGUCGCGGCCGAGUCUUUUAACCCAGGAAAAGGGCGAAAAAGACGACACAGGAUCGCCCGGAUUGCAGAGGACGCCGAGCGGGACGAGCGGGACGGAAAUGGGAUCUGGGAGUGGGCGCAUGCCAGUGGAAAAAGCCGUGAACCAGUAUUCGGUUCUUGACCGGAUACACAGAUACUUGAUGGAGCCCAACGUCCUGCUCCUUGACGUGCGGUCGCCUCAAGAAUUUGCAGUAGAGAAGGUGGCAGGGAGCAUCAAUGUCCCGACCGAUCAGUUUUUGUCCUGCAUCCAUCUGCUGCCGAAAAACAAGGAGACUCCGCUGAUGGUUUACUGCAGUGAUGGCAGCCGAGCGCGGCAGGCCGCAGUCGCGCUUCGGAAGCUCGGUCACGCGAAUGUGUGCGAUGCCGUCAGCAUCAAGGUCGUGAAGCACUCUCUCGAUGGAGCGGUUCUGAAGCAGAUGCCAUCCUCCGUUAUUGGGAAGGCUUUGAGGCGGCAGCUCCUUUCGCGAAGUGCCCAAGGCACCAGCAGCGAAGACUCUCCUUGGUGCCCUCCGCAGGGCGUGCGGAGUCGGCGCCCGCAGCACCGCAGCAGCAGCAGAGACGCCUCGUCGCGGAGAUGGACAAGCGUGGCCGAGAAGAGGAAUGGUGGAGGAGAUGCCAGAGGCGCCAGGGGCGGGCCUCCACUGGCGCCGGUGCUCGAUACCCCGACGACGGAGGCGCUUGCUCGCCUCUGCAGCUUGCAACUCCAUCGCCCGGUCGACCCCCGCCAGGUGAGAGCGUGGAGUGCGACGUUUGUGGGUUCUGUGCUUCUGCGCAUCCACAAUCUGAGGCCGACGAAUGGAAUCUGUUUCGCGCGGUGGAGCCAGAAAGCUUCCAGGGAGUCUCGCCAUGGAGGAAGCUGCCGUUCUUCAUUCCAUGAAAUGGACAGCCUCGCCUCCGUUGCGCAGGAACCGGCGGCGAGUCUAAGAGCGGUACCGGGGGACUAG